AUGCAGAUGAUGUGGCAAAGCCAGGGGCAGGCGGAGGGAGUGGGGAGAGGCGCAGGCAUAAGCUGCUCAGGGUCGGCGGGGGAGAUUGCUUCCGCGGAGCGGAUGCGAAGGGCACAGGAGAAGCGGGCUGCGGUGAUGAGAGGUGAGGUCGGUGGUGACAGGGUGGGGCCGGGGGAAGGCGAUGGCAGGGUGGUGGGGGAGAUGGCGGAAGUGCGCAGUGGCACUCACAGCACAGAGCUCUGCCAUGCCGCUGUAGCGCCGUGGGGUAGAGGGGCGCUCGAUGGCGCUGCUUGUAGAGCCGAGCGGGAACAGCAUGUGCAAGGACGUGUGUUAGCGGAUAGGCAGUCGUUCGCGGGGAACCCGAGGACCACGCCACUGGCAGCUGCGCCAAUAGCAGAGUGCAUGUGGCAGAUUGUGGAUUUGCAGCAACAGUGGCAGCCGUCUGUCGUGCACCUUGCUCUCCCUGCCAAGCCAAUCCGUGCCACCGUCUCGCAGCACCCGCACCCGCUGACUGCUCCUUCUUGGGGCCGCUUCGACUGGGCUCGCAAGAACCGCGGGCAGAUGGGCAGCCGGCGCAGUGGAGCGGCAGGGUGA